GACGACGAGUUGUUUACAUUACGGCUGUUUGGUUUAUGGUCGUUAUUAUGAUUAUGAUUUUCAGAUACGUUAUUAAUGCUGCGUUACUGGUUAUUUAUAUGUAGAUUUUCCAAGGUUUUGAUUUUGAGACAAAGACGUUCCACAUUAUGGACACAGCAAACUCCCUAUACCGAGUACAUCUGUGUUCUAUGUGUUCGGGGGACACAGAGUACCAUUGUUUAUCGUGUCCAUGUGAUCUGUGUUCACAGUGUAAAGAGAGCCAUGUACAAGAUGUCAAAACAAUAGAUCAUAAUGUCAUGCCAUACUGUAAAAAAUCCAGGAACAUUUCAGCACAGAAAAUCUGUCAGAAACAUCCAAAAAUGAUCCUCGAAAUGUACUGUGAACCUUGUGAGCUCCCUGUCUGUUAUCAUUGUUCAGAGCAUAGAACACACAAAUGGAUAAAUAUUCAAAGAGCAUACCAAACAAAGCGACAACAAUACCAAAAAAACAUUCACGAUAUCAGAAGUUAUGCUCUUUUUUUCAGACCUGUUUUCCUAAAAAGAAACAUUGCUGAUAUCAAAACCUGUCAAACAAAAUUUUCCCACUAUCAAUCAGAAAUGUUCACAAAGGCCCAGAGGCUGACGAAUUUUAUAAACUAUAGGUUACAUCUUAUUGAUUUCAAGCACAGAUGUUUAAAACAGAUUAAUGAAAUAAACAAGCACAUUUUUACCAUUGAAAGAUAUGAAAACAUAUAUGGAGAGUCAGCAUUGAAACCGCUACACUUCCUCUCAUUUAUAAAGAAAUCUUGCCUCCCCCAGAUACAAGACAGUCCACUUCUUCAUAUGCAUGCCAGCCAAUUCUUCAUGACUAAGUCAUUCAACAAGAAAAAUGUGAUAGAGUCCCUGGGUAAAAUCCAAAUCACAGAGGGAGGAAGCCGGCGGGUAGAAAAUGAGUGUCUGCUUACACGAAUGGCUGGUCCCGAGUUCCAUCGAUCUUUCACGGUCACAGAUGUACUUUGUUGUCAGCACAUUUCAUUUGUGACAUCAGACCGUUUCUGGGUCAGUGGUGUUGAUGACAGCCUAAGGUUGUCAAAUACAACAGAAAAUACUCUACAUCAUCUGGAUGAAUCAAUUAGAGGUGGUGAAUUAGGACCGCAUACAGUGAACGGUGAGAGUGAAUUGAUAUUUAUAAACUCGAAAUUAAAAAUUAGAAAACUGUCAAAGGAUAUGAAAAAAACUACCACAUUCAUAGAUAUAACAAACUCCACAUGGAGACCACGUUGUGUGUACUGGUCCAAGUCAACGGGUGAUAUUUUGAUUGGAAUGGAUAGCUGUAGUGCAGGUAGGGUAACUCGGUACAAUCAGUCUGGACAAUUAACACAAACAAUACCAGACCAGAACACAAGACAAUAUAUAUCACCCAAUUAUAUAACAGAGAACAACAAUGGAGAUGUCGUGGUGUCUGACUGUAUCUCUUUUACUGCAUACGGAGCCGUAGUGGUGACAAAACGAAGUGGAGAAUAUCGUUUCUCUUACACAGGAUAUCAUUCACGAAUACAGCCACGUGGAGUCUGUACUGACGCGCUGUCACAAAUCCUGGUGUGUGAUGGUUGUGAGAACACCGUACAGAUGUUAAAUAAAGAUGGUCGUUUCCUAUCAUAUUUACUACUAAGACCUUCUGGAAUAGAGUAUCCCCAUAACCUUAGCUAUGAUGUCGACACCUAUCGUCUCUGGGUUGGUUCACAGUACGGCGACAACAAGAUAUGCGUUUACAGAUAUAUUCCCAGAGAUGACUCCCUAACAGAUAUCAAACCAACCAUUGCUGAUAUGAUGGGAUCAGGCUGUGACAUCUCAACCACUGGGACUCAAAACCAAUGGCAAAGGAAUGGUCGUCAGCUGAAACUCAUGUCUAUUCCAGAGGUUCUGUACACACACACAAUGAAUGAAGAGAACUGGGGUAUUCACAUUAAUUAUGUAACAACAGAAGUGUUCUGGGUCAGUGAUAGAAACACCGUCUACUCGUACGACUUAGAUGGUGACAAUCUUGAAUGUGCACCUGAUUUAUAUGAGGGUGAUACACAAACUGGUAGUGGGUCACACACGGUAAACAAAAAUGCUGAAUUAAUUUAUAUAGAUAUCAAAUAUAACAUAAAGAUAUUUCCCAUAACUUCGGAAACACCCGUCACAUUUAUAGAAAUUAAAGAUUGUACACAAAAACCACGCUGUGUGUACGGUUCCUUGUACAGCGGGGAUCUACUGGUUGGAAUGUUUAACUAUGACACACAGAGAGGAAGUGUCUUCCGGUACAACCAGAACGGACAACUAACACAGACAAUACAACAGGACAGCACAGGAAGGGAACUUUAUAAUCAACCUAAUUAUUUAACAGAAAACAAAAGUGGGGAUGUCGUGGUGUCUGACUGUAAGUUUGAUAUGUUUGGUGCUGUAGUGGUGACAGAUCGUGAAGGAAGACAUCGUUUCUCCUACACAGGGAUUCCACCCGAAUCACGAUUAGAGCCACGUGGAAUAUGUACUGAUGUGCAGUCACAUAUACUGGUGUGCGAUUAUUGGACCCACGCAGUACAUAUUAUCGAUAAGGACGGUCAAUUUUUGUCACAUUUGUUGAUAAAUUUAGAAGCGAUGGUUUUUCCUCACAGCCUAAGUUAUGAUUUUUGCUCUCAUGAAGUUUGGGUCGGAUCUUUUGUCGAAAGCACGGUGUUGAUAUACAAAUAUCUAACUAACACAGACGAACAGGGUGCAUUGACAAAUGAAGAUACUCACCGUACUGAUAUGGCUGCCUUUCCGACUCAUGGCCUGCCUGAGAAUGAAGCUUGGACGUUGACAGAUCAACAAUGAUUUUCCUCACAGAAGAUAAGAGGGAUUACAAGUGAUGUUGUUGAACAGUUGAAUUUCAGUAUUGACAAUAUAUAAAAUGGUUGUACAUAGUUAGGAACUGCUCCUUCACAAAUCAAACUGUAUAUUAGCCAUAAAAUUUAUCAAUAUUGAUUUGAAACCCAUUCUAAGCUAAUUCUAAGGAAUAAAGUGUAUAAAUGAACUUAUAUAGAAAAGGAAAUGACAAUGAAACCUGAUUAAAAUCUAACCAAUUUAAAGGAAAAAAUGAUUCUGUAUAUUGUUUAUCUCAAUUGAAUUCAAACAUUAGUUGCACUUACUCAUCCAUCCGUCUACCUUUUCUCUCUUGAAAAUUAAGCUAAAUUGAAAACAUAUGUUCACUUACCUCCAUUGGUUGAAGAGGGUUAAAAAGUACUUGAAUGAUUGGUGUUUCAUUCAUCAAAAGUUUGAAAUUAUUUUUUAUUAUUGAAACCUUCAGAUCCGAAUGAGCCUUUGUAGCUAUGUUUAAGUACAAAGAAACUGUUUUCGCUUUACUAUGAGUUGAAAUGAUUUUGUCACAUCUGUCUCAUACCUUUGGAUAAAUUUUUUAAUUUCAAGCUCAGGUAACACGGUCAAUAAUGCUUGUUAAUAGCACAUUCCAUUCAGUAAUUAUAGUGCAGAGCAAACUUUAUUUUUAGAUUGUAAGCUAAAUUCUAUAAACACAGUUUUUUUUUCCUUCUGUGUUUAAUUGAAAGAUAUUUGUUUCGAAACAAACAUGUAUCAAGUUGAAAAGUGAUGAAAUGAUACUAUGUAUAAUUUUUUUUUAUAUUAAAUCCCAAAACGUAUUCUUAUAUCAAUUAUGAUCACGGAUGCAGUCGAUGGUAUUAAAAUUUUGAUUCAAUUCGAUCUCGCUAUUAUUUUUAAUAUAUUUAGCUGUUCUUAAUUGUGUUUUACAAAGAAAACAAUUGAAAAGGUAGAUAGCAUACAUGUGAUUUAUUUCAACGUUUCUCAUGUAAUAUUAAACCUCUUAAUACGUUAGACUUAUCGACCGUAAACGUUGAAAGAGAGGGCUUUGUAUCUAUUGUUUGUUGUGUGAAACCCUGUAUCAUCGAUUGAAGGUUAAUUCGCAAGUCAAUAGGCAAGUUCCGAAAUACGUGCUCUCUAAAAAGGGAGGUGCAUUUAAUAGGGUCGAUUCGAGUGGUGGGUACAAAUAUCCAAGGAUGCUUAUUAAGGUUUACGUUGUAUAUAUCUGAUUUCUAAUAUUGGGUCUGUAAUCUUUAUGUCUCUAUCAUUUGUUUGCAUGUUGUUUAUAUUUUUAAUAUGUCUUGCAACAUUUGUAUGGGUCAAUUUACGUUGACUAGAUAUCUGACUGUAACAGCUUAUAUGUGUGUCUGAUGCAUUUUGUGUAUAGUGCUCUGUCUAUGGACGGAGUUUAUUUGAA